GGUAUUUCAGCAGACACGAUGCGAUCAAUGUUUUGACACAGUCAUUAGUUGUCGCGUGUGUAUAUAUGUCCAUGCACUGCCUUUAUAGACUACGCACGAGCUUCAUUAGCUUACAAUUGUUUUAGCUUGGCGAGGCUCUGUUGCCUCACGAUGUCUCUGUCUGUCCAUAAAUGGUUUUGCGUCCUGAUUCUGUGUAUGUUCUCUCAUGACGUUGUUGCAAAAACAGUUAGGCGCAAUGUUCUCUUCAUCAUGGCUGACGAUUUGAGACCAACAUUAGGAUGCUACGGGGAUCCUAUUGUAAAGUCACCAAACAUUGAUCAACUUGCCUCUAAAAGUAACGUCUUUCUCAACGCAUAUGCCCAGCAAGCAGUGUGCGCACCAAGUCGGACCUCCUUACUAACAAGUCGUAGACCCGACACAACCCGGUUAUAUGACUUUAACUCCUACUGGAGAGUGCAUGCGGGGAACUACACCACUCUCCCUCAGUACUUCAAGUCAAAGGGCUACACCACCAUGUCGGUUGGAAAGGUUUUUCACCCAGGCAUAGCCUCUAAUCACUCGGAUGAUUACCCGUACAGCUGGUCUGUACCUCCUUAUCAUCCUCCCUCUUUCAAGUAUGAAAAUAUGAAGGUUUGCAAGGGCAGUGAUGGCAAACUGCAUGCCAACCUGUUGUGCUCAGUUAAUGUGUCUGAAACCCCUCUUGGGACACUGCCAGACAUGGAGAGCACAGAGGAGGCCAUCAGGCUGCUCAAGUCCACAAGGGAUUCUGGCAAGAAUUUCUUUCUGGCUGUUGGAUUCCACAAACCUCACAUUCCCUUCAGAAUCCCACAGGACUUCUUGAAACUCUAUCCCCUGGAUAAGAUGAGCCUGCCUCCAGACCCUGACGUUCCUAAAGGCCUCCCCAGCGUGGCCUACAAUCCCUGGACUGACAUCAGGAAAAGGGAAGAUGUCCAAGCUCUAAACAUCAGCUUCCCAUAUGGGCCGAUCCCAAAAGAUUUCCAGCUCCAGAUUCAACAGCACUAUUAUGCAUCUGUGUCAUACAUGGACUCCCAAGUGGGUCGGUUGUUGAAUACUCUGGAUUAUCUUGGCCUGGCUGAAGACACUGUUGUGGUCUUUACAUCUGACCAUGGCUGGUCACUUGGGGAGCAUGGAGAAUGGGCCAAAUACAGCAACUUUGACGUGGCCACUCGCAUUCCACUAAUGUUCUACGUAGCAGGCGUGACUGCAGUCCGUCCUUGGCCAGAGACCUUCCCUUACAUUAAUGUGUUUGGCCCAACACUGCAUCACUUCACACGAGGAGGAACAGUGAGCAACGUGAACGAGCUGCUAGAUAUCUUCCCCACUGUGGCUGUCCUGGCUGGGCUGAAGCCCCCGCUCCCCUGUCCAGACAACUCCUUUGAUGUGGAGCUCUGCACCGAGGGACACGACCUGGCCUACACCUUCAACAACGACGACAAUCACAAGAAGUCUGAGGCCAUUGCCUUCAGCCAGUACCCCCGGCCUGCCGACACCCCCCAGGAAAACUCUGACCUGCCCGACCUGAAGGACAUCCGGAUAAUGGGCUAUUCUCUGCGCUCCUGGGACUAUCGCUUCACUGUGUGGGCGGGCUUCGACCCAGCUAGCUUCCAGGCUAACCUGUCAGAUGUGCAUGGUGGGGAGCUGUACCUCCUGGAGGAAGACCCAGGCCAGGACCACAACCUGUACAACACCUCUGAGCACAGCCUGCUGCUCUGCAAGCUGGGCCAGGGCCAGCAGCCCUGGGCACAGACCCUUAAACAACACCUCCUAUACCUCACUGCAGGGAAUAAAUCUAAAGGGAUGGCAUGAUGCUUUGUGUAAUGAACUAUUUUGCUGUGUUCAUAAGGGAUGUUUCCAUUCUAGGCAAGUGCCUAUAUCUAGAUUGUUUCAGCUUCUAUUGGCACUUUAGGUUUUUAGGUGUAACCCUUGUCUUAGCAGUUCAGGUUUCUGAAUGUUGAUGGUGAAUUUCAAUGGCAAGAAUUUGACACCAGCUCUAAAUCGAACCUAACAACUCCAAUAGAUCCCUGUUCACUGGUUAUCAGUAUGCUAGUUUGAGAUCAGACUUAUUUUUCAAGCAUAAGGUAAUGUACUGUAACAAACUAAUGGUGAAAUGUGUAUUUAUAUAGGGAAAGAUCAUUAGGGCCAACAUGGAGGUGUUGGUGAACAUGCUGUACUGUAACAAACUGAUGGUGAAAUGUGUAUUUAUAUAGGGAAAGAUCAUUAGGGCCAACAUGCUGUACUGUAAAACUAUCCACAUUCAUACUUUGCACAAUUUGUUUUUUUUUUGUUUUAAAUUUGGAACAACCUAUUUAUCCAAGAAAAUUCCAU